AUGAAUCUACAAAUCUAUUAUACAAAUUUCACUUUUUAUUUGUCUAAUAAAAAAAUGUAAUUUUUGUGACAUCAAUGUCGACAUCUCUGCAAUUUUCGCCUAUUCUCUAUUGUAUCACAUUAUAUUUGUUACUCAUCGAAAAUGUCCGCAGUCUUAAGAACAUCAGCGGCCAUCACGAUUAUUACCACCAUCAGCAGCCAAGUAAAAAGUUCAAAUUACCUAUGAACAUAUCUAAUUUGUCGCAGGAGGAGAGAAAGUAUAAAAUGCUUGUUACGGAGGGACAUACUGAGAGGAACUAUAGGAACUUUUACACUGUGCUACAAAGAAACAUCGUUUCCAUACGCACCGCUCGAGCGACCGCUUACUUCGGAGAUAAUCACAUUUGUGCGGGCUCAAUCAUAUCGGACGAUCUAAUAUUAACUGCGGCGCAUUGCGUAAUCGAUCGCCGCAAGAUUGUGACACGUAGUCAUCGUAUUAUAGUGGUUGGUGGUACACCAAAUCGUUUGAAUCCGUACGUAGGAACAGUCGAAAUGAAAGUACUCGAUGUGAUCCCACAUCACGACUUUGUACCAGAUGGUGCUCACGAUAUAGCAUUAUUGCGUCUCGCUGACAACUUUCGCGACGACAAUGAUUUUAUUCGAGUGAUUCCUCUUUCCAAUGGAAUAAUACCAAACGGCACAAUAUGCACGAUCAUUGGUUGGGGUCAAAUCUUUUAUCGUGGUCCCUACUCAGGUGAUGCUAUACAUGGUGCUAUGAUGGUGUUUUCUUAUAAUUAUUGUCUACAAUUUUAUCCAAAUGUAUUUGAUGAGACGAUGAUGUGUGCCAUCAGGGCAGACGCAUGGGAUGUUAACACAUGUCGUGGUGACGCGGGUGGUCCGCUAAUUUGCGGUGGUCGUGUAGCCGGUGUUGUUUCUUGGCGAUCGUAUUGUGGAAGAGGCACGAAACCAACGGUAUUUGCUAGCGUAUAUCAUCAUCGUGAUUGGAUCAAAAGGGCAAGCUGUGCAAAUAUAUUAAAGUCACUAAAAUCACUACUCUUGUUAUUAUAUAUGCUGUGCAUUUAUAUCUUAAAAUGAUUCUAUAUAUCCAUAUGCGUAUAGCUUAUGUGAG